CCUAUAAAAUGUACACUGUAAACUGUUUUUUCCACACCCAUAUUGUCUUUGCUGUAUAAUAUGUACAUUUUCUUUGUAUCAUAGUUCACAUAUGACUAUAAAUUUUGUAGUGGAGUGAAAUAAAUGGCUACGUUUAAGUAAAACACUCGCACAUGCCCCGUUUUGUGGGAGAUGUGAGAUGUGAAAGACGUGAAAGUGGAGUUGUGAAAGUUUGCUGUUUGGUUGAUGUGAGCUAAACAUUAGUGGGGAAUUUUAAUGAUUAUUUUGGACAGCAUUAUUGUGGAAGUGAUUAAUGCGGGGAGAUUGUGUUUUUGACGAGUUCAUGUGAAGUCUUGGUGGCGUCUGGCAUGGCACAGUCACAUGCUCCACUACAGCCUGCCUUUGAAGGCUGAUCCAAUCUCACUUAACAAAAACAGCUUAAUAAUCUAAAUGCCUGUAUUACAGAGGCCUGAUUUUUAUUUUUCUGGCAGACAUUAAGACAGCUGCACAGGACUAACACACACACACACACACACACAUCCACCUUUCUCUUUCUCUUUCUCUUUCUCUCUCUCUGUGAAGCAUGUGGGGACCCUUAGACUCGUAUUGAGAAUUGAGACCUGACCAUUUCGCGUAAGAUUUUCGGAUUUGGAGGCUCUUGAAAUCCCGGGCACCUGGCUGAGAGGCUGCUAGGAGAAGUGAACGAACAUUAGGAUUAGGACUGAGUGAUUGGCCUGCAUGUGUUCCUUUUGUCUUUCUCCUCUCCUGCUGUGUGCCAAUGACAGGGGCAGCAGUCUCCAGCUAACCCUGUGGACAGAAACGUCUUCAUUACAGUGGACAAACUACAUCCAGCAGUUAAAAGCAGUUUAAAAUGAUUAUUUUCUCGAUGAUGCAUUAAGCAGGAGUAAAACAUGACUGGGAGUGCAGUUAUUGGAAAAUAGUAAAUGCCAGGGUUGUUAUCACACCAAAGUUUAUUAUGUUCCAAUAACAGCACUUUCCAAAUUGUUUUAUUCCUCUUAUACCACAGCUGUUUGUUAACAAUUACAUUCUUUUUUUAAACGUAUGAAACAACGACAUAUUUUUUUAACUGUUUAUUGCUACAUUUAACUUUGUGGAAGGUCCAUGAGAACAGUUACUUCCUGUUAUCACUUAUAACAGUUAUAAAGAGUUGUUCAAUCACUACCUUUUUUUCCUCUCUCUUUUCAAGUCAGUAAGACAAAAUAAAACACAGUUUGUCAUAUUACCAAGAAACAAGAAAAUGCAAUGUCGUCUGUGCUGAAGACUCUCCUGUGGCGGAAAACAUACUGACUUAAAAAGUGCUGACGCAAGAGACUCCUUAAUAUUAAAUUCUGUAAUAAAUGUCUUCGUAAAAUAACAAUGCUUUUUUUUAAAAAAAAUCUGUUUGAGUCUUGAUAAAUAAUAAUAAUAAUAAUAAUGUGGCACCUUCGCCAUACAAGUCCUUAUGAAUGAGCUGUAUUAGAACAUGCACAUUAAUAUUUGAAUGUGAUUUGAACAGUCAGAAUUACUGUCACAGCUGCCGUUAUAGAAACUUAAUCAUCCUCCAAUCAGAUUUGAGAAUUCAACAGCGCUGUGGUUAUAAUAUAUAUUUUUAUAUGAAAGUACCGUUAAUGUUAGUCUAUACAUUAAGCCGGUGGAGAGUGAGAGUAAAUGCAGCACAAAUUAGGUGUGAAAUUUUAAAACCCGUGUCUAGUGAGAGAUGAAUGGAAUGAAAAGUAGUCUAGUGUGUGUAUUCACUGCAGAAAAGUCUAUGUUUAAAAAGCUGGGUGUUCUUGCUCUCCAUGCUCCACUCCUUUCUGAGUGACACAUGGGCCCGUCCGACUGCCUGUUUAUUUUUAGAGCCCACGGCCCAGUGUCUAUGGUUCAGCUGUCGUCAGGCAGCGGUGAGGUACGCCUCUGCGGCUUUGCGAAAUAAACUUCCAACAAUGACAGACUCACAUCACCUACCACAGACUAACAGAGAGCAGAGCGCCGGACCGCCGUCUGACCGCUGGACACACACUGGACUGGGCAGUGACCCAGGGCAACUCUCAAGCCGUAAUCUGAAAGAAUGGCUUCAGGAGCAGUUCUGUGACAAACCUCUGGAGCAGUGUGAGGACAUGCGUCUGCAUAAUGCCGCCUACGUGGGAGACUUGGACACCAUCAAGAGCCUGUUGCAGGAAGACAGCUUUAAACAACGGAUCAAUGAGAAGUCGGUGUGGUGCUGUGGCUGGCUGCCCUGUACACCUCUGCGCAUAGCUGCUACUGCUGGCCAUGGCGACUGUGUGGACUUCCUCAUCAGCCAUGGGGCCGAGGUGGACCUGGUGGAUGUCAAAGGUCAGACAGCUCUGUAUGUGGCUGUGGUUAACGGACACUUGGACUGUGUUCGGAUCUUGCUGGAGGCAGGAGCAGACCCAAACGGCAGCAGACACCACCGCAGCACACCUUUAUACCACGCAGCCCGGGUGGGCAGGGUGGACAUCCUACAAGAACUGAUCAGGUUCAACGCUGAUGUGGAUGUAGACCACCAGCUGGGACCGAGGCCUCUGUUCAGUGCCCGCACCCUCUCAACAUUGGUGGUGUGCCCACUAUACAUCAGCGCUGCCUACCAUCAUUUACACUGCUUCAGGCUGCUCCUGGAGGCCGGAGCCAAUCCCGACUACAACUACACUGGCCCCGUGAGCCGUGAAGCGCUGAACAGAGGCCUGGCCUCCUGCCUGCUGGACGCUGUGCUUAGGCAUGGCUGUGAGCCGGCCUUCGUUAGACUGCUGCUGGAGCAUGGCGCUGAUCCACUACUCGUGCCAUGGGAGGAACCUGACCCCGAUGCUAUGGGAAGAGUGCGUGUCAACCCUGAGGCCCUAAACAUCUAUCAGGAGGCCAGGAGAUGUCCGAACAGGUUGACUCAUUUGUGUCGCAUAGCCAUUCGGAAGGUGAUGGGCAAACACCGGCUGAGGCACAUCUCCAGCCUUCCUUUGCCUGAUUCUGUCAAGAAUUUUCUGCUCCACAGAGACUUCUGUUCCCUUUCCUGAAGGAGGUGUGAAUAAAACCGAAGGCCCGAAAAGCUGUAUUAUGGCCUGUAACUGUACAAGGGACACUGGUAAGUUUUUGUGGGCUGGAGAUAAUGCUGAUGGACAGAAAAUGAUCUACAGUUCUUUGAGAUCCAGAAGCCUUUUGUCCUGUAUCAUGGCUUUGUUGUUACUGCAGUUGCAUUGCACUUAAGAUGGUGGGAGCACAUUCCCUAAGAAAGCAAACACUUCCGGUUUCAUAGCACAUCAUUCUGUAUGUUGCAUGUUGGUAAAAUCUCUUUGUUUACACAAAUAUACUUACAGUAGCAUAUUCUAUAAAAGUAAUAUAUUCACCUGGAUACACUGCAUAAUCAUGUUAUCUCUUGAAUAUCAUCUAGACUGAUGUCUGUAAGAGCAUUGGUAAUUUAUAUAUAAGAAAUUUUAUAUUUCUUUUUUUGUUUAUGGUCACUGUGGUGUAAAAGUCAAAAAGCUUAAUUUAUGAUUCUUUAUGAAAGGUAUUUAUAUGAUGCUUAAACAUAUUGUUAAACCUUGCCUAUGCCUUAAAUUAAAUUCAGAUGCCUGUAAUAAACAAUAUUAUCCCCACUGUCUGUGUUCUCGUGUGAAGAAAGCCAGUGAUCUCUCAUGUUUCAUUAGCCUGUGCUUAGCGUGUCUUGUUUUUCUUUGAAAAUCAUUUCUCUAAUAGUUUACAAUACUACUGAGGUUCAAGUCACAUGAAUAUGAUUCACAUUUUUGGAUUUAUGGAUCGUGUUUUGAAACUUAAUUACCAUCCUGUGCAGGAAAUGCGGAGAGCCAAACUUCCUGUAGGACCUAUUUACCAGCCACAGACUAUUCCUCACAGCUCUAAGAGUCUCAGUAGAGAUCAUGUUGAGGUCUCGCUGACAGAAAUAGCUCCUUUAUAUGAUGUAGGAUUCCUCGGAGGUUUCCAAGUAUAUAGCCUCCUCAAUUUCCCAGCAGCUUUGCUUAAGAUACCCACUGGGUAUCUGGGUAGAAAUUAUUUUGUGCUUUUUUUUAACUAUAAGUUUCAGUGUUGUGAGAGUGAAACCACAUAUUGUCAAAAACCACAAGCUGUAGAAAAAGGCAAGCCUGGGAAAUGUCUGGAUCUGCCAACAUAUUGCUGGCGGACCCCCGUCCCACUGAGAACUGCAGAUUGUGGAGGUACUCCUGCCAGAUGAGGAAAAGGUGGGAUUGUACAAUAACUAACAGAUGCACGCUUUCAAAUCUAAAGAUAUCAUCA